AUGUCUGAAUUUCUCGGGUCUCGUAUUUCGCUCAUUUCGAAGAGCGACAUUCGAUACGUGGGCACCCUUCACGAAAUCAACUCGGACGAAUCCACAGUCUCGCUCGAGAAUGUUCGGUCCUUUGGAACCGAGGGCCGUCGUGGGAGGCCCGACAAAGAGAUCGCGCCAUCCGAUCAGGUCUACGAGUACAUCGUCUUCCGUGGCAGUGAUGUAAAGGAUCUUCGCAUCGAGGAUCACCCCGGUAUCAAGGAGAACAAGCCGCCUCCUUCCAUGCCUGACGACCCGGCUAUCGUUGGAGCUCGACCUCUAGGCGGUCCAGCACCACCGCAGCAACCACCUACGGGGGGGUUUCAACCCCCCUAUCACAACGGUUUCUACGGCGGACCACCCCCUGCCUCCUGGGGCCGGGGUGGCGGUCCUGGCUCUGGCCCUGGUCCUGGCCCUGCCUUUGGCAACAUGCCGUACCCCCCGCCCCCGGGCUGGUUCCCUCCUGGCCAAGGCUUCCCGCCCGGUGGCUCAGGGCCGUGGACCGACCAGUCGUUCCCACCGGGUCAAGGUGGCGGUCCCGAACCCCAAAUCCCGCAUCAGGGUCCUUCCUCCCAUACCGCCCAAGACCCCAAGGCCGGCGGCGUCGCUCCCGAUCGAGCGAAAACAGGCCAAUCUGCUCCUGCAACCGAGCCAAAAUCCCUUGCUCAGGCAUCACGCCAACCGGCUGCGGCGCCGAGUCCACCCGUAGAAUCCAAGCCCUCCGUCAAGGAGGUCAAGGCGGCGGCGCAGAGGGGGAACACCAACGGUGCCGCGCCCAGCUCUACCGACCGGCCUAACGCCACCUCUCAAUUGUCGCGGGGCAACCGCGUCACGCCUGUCAUUCCCCUCUCGGGAUCAAGCACCAAACCAUUCCAUCUCCCCUCGGGCAACAGGGCAGAACAAGCAGCCGGGAAGCCCGCGGUGGCGGCGGCUCCCACGAGCGUCGAGGAUGCCACGAGCGCAGCAAGAGCCGCCGUCGCUGUUGCCAUGGCACAGCUUGGAAAUAGCGGCGGCAACGCAAUGGAUAACCUGACCAACAAGGUCAACGAGAUGAGGGUCAAUGCCGUCAGAGGGGCGCCUGCUCCUCGUGGCCGUGGCCGUGGGGGUCGUCAGGGAGCGCCAAAGGUCGAGGUUCCCGACUCGGACUUUGACUUUGCGCAAUCCAAUGCCAAAUUCAACAAGGUAGAGAUUGCCAAAGAAGCGAUUGCCGGGUCUCCCUUGGCCGAAACGGCGACAAAUCUUCCCGAGCUGGCCACCGAGAUGGAGGCACCCGACGGCACCCCGCCCGUCGCCUACAACAAGACGAAAUCUUUCUUCGACAACAUCUCCAGCGAAGCCAAAGAUCGGGCCGAAAACGGCGGCCAGAAGGCGGGCGGCCGAGAGUGGCGCGGUGAGGAACAGCGCAAGAACAUGGAGACGUUCGGACAAGGUAGCGUCGACGGCGGCUAUCGAAACUAUCGUGGCCGGGGCCGCGGACGGGGCGGCCGCGGACGGGGAUACAACCGCAGCGGUCGAGGAGGCAGCCGCCCCCCACCCCAGUACCAACCUGCAGGUGCCGGGCAGUGA